AUGGUGGAACCUACUCACUUACAACAGAAGAAAGAUUUUGUCGUUCCAUUUCAUGGUCGACCAACAGAACAUGUAACCAAAUGGGUGAAAAGCAUUAAUCACUAUUUCGAUGUGGUAUCAACAUAUGGUAACAAGCAAAUAUUAGCUUAUCAAUAUGCACCAGGGUUUUUAAAAGAUAAUGCACUUGAAUGGUGGUUGAAACAUAAUCGACACUCACAUGACUGGAACUCAUUAACGCAACAAUUAAUACAACAAUUUCCACCGCCAUUAGAUCACAUUGAUAAACAAUUGAUAUAUCAACAGUUAUAUAGUAGAAAACAACAAAACGAUGAAUCUGUCACGAAAUACUAUUAUGAUGUUAUACAUUUAUAUAAUCAAUGCGAUAAUUCCAUAUCAGAUCGAGACAAAGUUGAUAAAUUAAUCCAUGGUUUGAAAAUAUCAUUGUACCAAGAAGCCAUGAGGCAACACAUUGGAUCCCAAUGUCAAACACCCAAUGAAUUAUCGAUAAAAUUACAACAAAUGGAAAUUAUUGAAAACAUCAUUGCUUAUAGACAAUGUGAAACACAGUCAUCAGCAAUGGACAAUACCAACAGUCGACAACCAGGAUACUAUAGACAAAGAAAUUAUGCUGCAUUUAAUCCACAGAAUAAUUAUUAUCAACAGACAUAUUAUACAACAUCACAACAACAUGAUUCGUAUUCAAUGUCCAAUCAAUCAAAUGAUCAACGACGACGGACUAACGUUGUUUGUUAUAUAUGCCAAGAACGUGGCCACAUUUCAAAAUUUUGUCCCAAUCAACAUUUAAACUAA